AUGAAGGAUAUAAAACAAGCUGAUAUAAAACAUUUUUUAGAAACAUAUUACACAGAUAACAGUAUAAGUGAUGAAUUAAAAGAUGUUUUUGAUUUUAUUGAAAGAAAUAAGCAUAAAAAUAAUUUUCACAAAUUGUUUGAAGAUUAUUUAGAGGAUUAUAAUAAAAUAUUAUUAAAAAAUGGGAACUUACUAAAAGAUAAUAUGAUAUACGAGUAUGAAUAUGUAAAACAAUACAAUACUGAAUUAGCGGGAAAAGAUGGAAUAAAUUGUAAUAAUAAAUAUCAAUGGUAUAUAAACUAUGUAAAUACAAUAAAUGAAAAUUAUCAAUUUUUAGGUUUAGAUACAAAUGUUAUAUCUGAAUGUAUAAAUAAAAAAAUAACUUUAUUUUUGGAAUUAUUUUUAAAGUAUUCUGAAAAGUUAAAUUUAAAUAUAGAAAUAAGUCCUAUAUUAAACAUGAAUGAAGAAGAUUGCUAUAUUUUUGGUAGAAUUUAUACAGAUAAUGAAAUCAACAUAAGUGAAUCAAACAUUAUUUUAGAAGGAAAUAUGAAAUGGAAUAAUGGAGAUAAAGCUCAAUUAUUAAAUUUAAAUGGUAUGAAAAAUUUAUUUUUUUUCUUAGGACAAAUCCUAGCUGUAAAAGGAAAAAAAGAAAUUAAUCAAUAUAGUAUAAAAUAUUAUGUUAGUAACAUAUAUGCUGGAUUACCAACUCAUUUGAAUGUAAAAAUAGAUAAAGAAUUUUUAUUAAAAUAUUUUAAUUGUAAUGAAAUAGAAGAAGAUAGUAAAUCACAUGAUGAUAUAUUACAAUUAUAUAAUAAUGAUAACAUACACAUAAUGAUUUGCAAUGGAUAUAUUUAUAACGAUAAUGAUUAUAAUGACCAUUUAAACAAUUUUUUAAAAAUCGUAAAUGAAAAAUCACCUCAUGUAGUUUUAAUUUUUGGCCCCUUUUUAUUUAUUCGUAAUUUCAGUGAAACAAUUCAAAAAAUUGGAGAUAUUAAUGUUAUUUAUGAUAAUAUUUUUAAAAAAAUUACAAAAAUUGCAAAAAAUGAGCAUUUAGAAAAAACUCAUUUUUUUAUUAUUCCAUCUAUAUAUGAUUCUAUAAAUAUUUAUCCAUUACCUCAACCACCUUUUUUUUAUGAAAAAAGUAAUAAUUUAUCUAAUGUACAUUUUUUGUCUAAUCCUUCUUAUAUUUAUAUAAAUGAAAUAAAAAUUGCUUUAACAUCUUGCGAUAUAGUAUAUAAUAUAAGUAAAAACUUAUUGUGUAGACCCAGUGAAAUGAAAUUAUUUUAUUUAUUUGAACAAAUUUUAAGACAACUUUCUUUUUUUCCAUCAUAUCCCUCUGAAUAUAAUAUUGAAACAACGAAAUUUAAUAAUUUGCUAUUUCAUCCUAAUAGAUUACCAGAUAUUUUUUUGUUUCCAUCGUAUACUAAUGAAAAGUCUUAUGUUAAAGAAAUACAUAAAAAAUUAUUUAUUUGUCCUUAUUCUAUUGAUGUCAGUAAAGCAAAACCAUCUAAUUUUUUUUCAAAUAUUUACAUUUUUCCACCAAACGAAACGCAAGAAUUAUCAAAAAGAGUAAUACUUGAAAAUGUGUUUGUUCACCAAAACAAAGUAAAUGCUUAA